UUUAGAAAAUAUCUGAUAAAGAUUUGGAUUUCUUUUAUAAUUCUUAUCCAUUUAACCCUAUAAAUGGGAGUCCUUUUCAUUGCUAUUUCGCGUCAACUAGAGUACAAGAAUUCACUCGUUUCUUGGGUUUCUUCACUUUCCUAGUUUAUUAGUAUAAAGAUGGAGAUUGAUCUAUCACCAAGAUUGGCCAAGAAGGAGUAUGGAGGUGGUGGUGGGUCAUAUUUUGCCUGGUGCCCAUCUGAGUUGGCAAUGCUACGUGAAGGGAACAUAGGUGCAGCCAAGCUUGCUCUUGAGAAGAAUGGCUUUGCUCUUCCUCGGUACUCUGAUUCUGCAAAGGUUGCUUAUGUUCUUCAAGGAAAUGGUGUGGCUGGAAUUGUCCUGCCUGAGAAAGAAGAGAAGGUUGUUGCAAUCAAGAAGGGUGAUGCCAUAGCCCUUCCUUUCGGUGUUGUUACUUGGUGGUAUAACAAAGAAGAUACUGAGUUGGUUGUUCUGUUAUUGGGUGAUACCUCCAAAGGCCACAAAGCUGGUGAAUUUACUGAUUUCUUUUUGACUGGUUCCAAUGGCAUUUUUACUGGCUUCUCUUCUGAAUUUGUGAGCCGAGCAUGGGAUGUGGAUGAUAAAACUGUAAGUACCCUUCUUGGAAACCAGUCAGGCAAAGGCAUUGUCAAGCUUGCUGCAUCUUUUAAGAUGCCUGAACCCAAGGGGGAGCACCGCAGUGGCCUGGUGUAUAACUGUGAGGAAGCUCCAUUAGAUGUUGACAUUAAGAAUGGUGGAAGGGUUGUGGUCUUGAAUACCAAGAACCUUCCUUUGGUUGCUGAGGUUGGCCUUGGUGCUGAUCUUGUAAGGUUGGAUGGGGGUGCUAUGUGCUCUCCUGGAUUUUCUUGUGACUCUGCUUUACAGGUUACUUACAUUGUGAGGGGAAGUGGCCGUGUUCAGAUUGUUGGUAUUGAUGGCCGUAGGGCCUUGGAAACUACUGUUAAGGCCGGUAAUCUCUUCAUUGUUCCGAGGUUUUAUGUUGUUUCGAAGAUAUGUGAUGCUGAUGGAAUGGAUUGGUUCUCUAUCAUAACUACUCCCAACCCUAUAUUCACCCAUUUGGCUGGUAGGACUUCUGUCUGGAAGGCUUUAUCCCCUGAGGUGAUUGAGGCAUCUUUCAAGGUUCCUUCUGAAGUUGAGAAUCAUUUCCGCUCCAAGAGAACCUCUGAUGAAAUUUUCUUCCCACCACCAAACUGAAAAACCAUUAGCUGGCUAGCUUUGUUUUAUAGCUUUCCAUUUAGUUCUGGUGUUAGUUGUUCCAAUAAACUAGACUCUUUCAUGUUCUCUUCCAUCUGUGGAUAUGGGUUCUGUUGAGAAGUUCAAUGAAUGGGCUAGUUAUGUUUCCCCCCUAAA